AUGAGCACGCUAGUCACAGCCCAAGUUACAGACUGUACCAAGAGUAUCCAGGUAAAAUCUCAGACUGAACUGGAUCAAAUAUCGGCCUGUAAGUUCUACAAGGGUACUAUCAAUGUAAGCAACUGCACGGCCACAGAUCUUGUAGUACACGGUGUCGAGACCAUCGAAGGAAACCUGGCCUUGAUCGGCAACACCGAGCUUCUACACCUUUCUCUCCCUGAUCUCCAUACCAUACACGGCCGGUUCUUAUUGGACAGCAACAAGAGACUGACCGACAUCAGCAUGCCGAAGUUGAGCCGAGUUGGUACAUUUGAGGUCUUGGUCCACCCUUCCAUCAAAGAUGUUGCUUUUCCAGCAGGGUUGGUGCAAAUCAACUCCCUGUCUGUCACAGACACGACAGCCACAUCCAUCAAGGGCAUCUAUGCAACAAAAAUAGCGCACCUCACUCUGGCAGGAAACACUUAUCUCAAUUCAAUCGAGCUAGGAAACCUUACACAUGUUACUUAUGCACUAUCCGUCCUAGCAAAUGCCCCCACUCUGAAUCUAAAUCUGGCUUCUAUGGAUACUAUUCAACAAGGAGAUUUUCGAGACCUGGCAGGUGUUUCUCUCGGCCAUCUUUCGCAUGCAAGUGGAGACCUUUCAUUCGUUUCAAACACUUUUACGAAUCUAUCACUUCCUCAACUUCAACAAGUAGAAGGAGGUCUUUCGAUCACCAAUAAUUCCCAGUUGUCCACCAUGUCAAUGCCAUCUCUUACCCAAUUAGGAGGUGCACUAUUGGUAGCCAAAAACCCAAAAAUUAGUAGCCUAGACAGUUUUCCAAAACUGGAGAGAGUCAAUGGCACGGUCGACAUAUUGGGUUCAUUUGAUUCCAUUAAAUUUUCUGAUUUACACGAUGUUCGUGGUGGUAUGUCUCUUCAGACAAGCAGCUCUAAAUUCCAAUGCGAUGAUAUCAACAAGUUAAAAGCAAGCGUAAUCAAGGGACAUGUAUUCUCAUGCAAGUCAAAUAUGUCUAUACUUGAUGAAACUAACAAGACCGACAAACCCAAAGACACAAGUGAUGGGGUUGGAAUAGGAUCAUUGUACAAAGGAUAUUGGAGUGGUCUUGUGUCUUGUAUAGCUUUAAGCUUUCUACUUUAA